CGCCUCCUUGGUCUACCACAAUAUUGAUCGUCAGGGAUUCAGUCGUAAAUAAAAUGUUUGCCUUAGGCUACAAGAAGUUCUCACUUUUGCUUCUGUCAUUAUUAACAUUAGAUGUUUGCCAAAUAAUGAUAGCCAAUGAAAUCACCGAGUUACGAAUGCCUGGAGCUGAACCAGUUAUGAAUGACUCUUACUUGUGUACAGCCAUUCCACUCGAUUACACUACGGAACAUUACAUCGUUGGAUAUAAGCCUUUUGCAACGAUGCAAAAAGCUCAUCAUAUGUUGCUGUUUGGUUGCGGUCAGCCAGGCACUGAUGAAGUCAUUUGGGAUUGUGGAGACAUGACAACAGCUGGACCAGAUUUUCAACGAGCACCAAUAUGCAAAGAUCAACCGAAUAUAUUAUACGCGUGGGGUAGAAACGCAUCUGAAUUACAUCUUCCGGAAGGUGUCGGGUUCAAGGUUGGUGGAAACACAGGUAUUCAGUAUCUCGUACUACAAGUACAUUAUAAGGGGAAACUCGGACGUGAUUAUUCUGGUGUGAGUAUCGAAUCGACAGUUGGACCACUAACCAAACGGGCGUCUACCCUGCUGAUGAUUACCGGUGGGAAGUUACCUCCAAACAACAGAGAAACAUUUGAAACAGCAUGUAUUGUUGAUGAGGAUAUUGAAAUACAUCCAUUCGCAUUCCGCGCACAUACCCAUCGCCAUGGUGAAAUGGUAAGUGGAUGGGUAGUACGCGAAAACGAUUAUGGUCAGGAUACGUGGGAGUUAAUUGGCGAACGAAAUCCGCUACUUCCACAAAUGUUUCAGCCAGUUAACAAGAACAUUACAAUUCGGCAAGGCGACGUAGUGGCAGCUCGUUGCGUACUGAACAACAAGGAAGAUAAGGAAUUCAUAAUGGGAAAUACAAGUGAUGAUGAAAUGUGCAAUUAUUAUCUCAUGUAUUGGGUUCUGGGAGAUCAUAUUCUCAGGGACAACACAUGCUACUCACCUGGGCCACCGGAAUAUCACUGGAGCAGCGAAGCAGAGUUGAACAAUAUCCCGGAAGUAUGACAAAAAGAAGUAUGAUCUUUUAAUGAGAAAAAACUUCUAUUUUAUCUUCCACUCUUUUCUUUUAACAUCCAAAAUGAAUAGCUCCAACACUGACCAUUACGUCCUCAUCAUAUCCCCUAUGUCUAUCAAAUAAAAAUGCUUCUUGCAAAAC